AUCUGCUGGUGUCCAAGGAAAGCGAAAUUCUGUGUCUCUGUUCCGUCAAGUGGACCUGCAUCGUUCCUUGGUUGAUGGCCUGUGCUGUCAAAGUGGCCCCCCGCCGAUAAACGCCACAGUUCCACGAUGAUCAAGCUGUUCUCCCUGAAGCAGCAGAAGAAAGAGGGCGAGGCGUGUCCCAAGCCCGGCGGCCAGAAGAAGGCCACGGCCGCCCAGCUGCGCAUAACCAAAGAUCUCAAUGAGCUGAAUCUGCCGAAGACAUGCGACACGGAAUUCCCAGAUCCGAACGACCUGCUCAACUUCAAACUAAUCAUCAGUCCAGAUGAAGGCUUCUACCGGAGUGGACAGUUUGUUUUCAGCUUCAAGGUGGGGCCCAACUACCCACACGAACCGCCCAAGGUCAAGUGUGACACAAAAAUUUACCACCCAAACAUUGACCUCGAGGGAAAUGUGUGCCUCAACAUCCUGCGAGAGGACUGGAAACCAGUGCUGACCAUCAACAGCAUUAUUUAUGGAUUGCAGUACCUCUUCCUGGAGCCAAACCCUGAGGAUCCGCUAAACAAGGAGGCAGCUGACGUUUUGCAGAACAAUAGACGGUUGUUUGAGCAGAACGUCCAGAAGGCAAUGCGUGGUGGCUACGUGGGAUCGCAGUACUUUGAGCGCUGCAUUAAGUGAUUACGUCUUCUCACGCUAGAGCAGUCGACGGACUGAUCCGACUGCCUCUUGCUGAGACUCUGGUGGAAUACUUGUGUUGGCCGCUUCGGUUUUUGUGUGCGAUUUUUUUUUCAUUUAUUUGGACUGACUGCUGCAUAUAAAAUAGCAAAGCCUUUUUUACGUUGGAUGCACCACCAAUUUAUUUAAAAUAAUAACCAACGCCUGACAAAUAUGUCAAACUCGGGAGUGAUUCCCAGUUAGAGAAAAUUAUGAAUAAAACAUCAGCAUUCUCUUUAGACUCCAACAGCUCCUUCACACUAAUUAUGUUGCAAUCUUCAUGCCCAGCGUGCACAAUUAGCCAGCUCUCAAUUGGGGCGAAAUUCUAGUGGAAAUUAUUUGAAAUAAUGCGAAUUGAUUUCAGCAGGCCUUUAUUGUUAAAUUAUGGUUAUUAAUAAACAAAAUUAAAUUAUGCGUAAAGCUGUUUAUAUCUA